CCAAGUAUGUGGAUGUUAGUUGAAUUUCAGAAUUUCUGUUAUUUGAUUCUUGCCACUAAACUUACUGAUGGGAUCGAAAUUCUAAAUAUUUUUUAGGUGCAGAUAAAUCCUGAUUUGGCGGUGAAAUAAGGAUAUAAAAUAAAUUUUGGUGUCUACUAGCCAAAUCCCAUGCGGUUUUCUGCUGUAGCUACUAAAACAAAGCGAGUGAGAAAAACAUUCGAAAGAUGAUGCUAGUUCCUUUUCUGUCAGAAAUUUAAACUUGCUGUCAACGAUGCCUGUUAGUGAAAACUUAGAUUCCUCAAAAGAUAAAGAAACUCUCAUAAAGAAGACUUUUGCACUUCUGAAAAGUGGCGAAAAAGAAAUUCAAAUGCACGAUCACUUUAAGAAAGUAGUCUUGAUCUUAGGAGACACGGGAAAUGGCAAGAGUAAGUUUACUCAAUGGAUCACUGGCGACGGCACUAAACUAAUUGCGAAAGAAACCGAAGAAGAUACUGGUGAAUACAUAAUUGAAGAUAUCAAUGGAACAGCCAGUUCCACAAUAACAUCCGAAACGGUGUAUCCUCAGCUGUUGGUGGACACUGAAACAAACGUUCCUUAUUAUGAUUGCCCUGGAUUCAAUGACACAAGAGAUAGUAGUAACGAUAUAGCAACGACGUACUUCAUUAAGAAGAUAGUGGACUUUGCGGAAAGUGUUAAGCUCAUCUUCGUUAUAAACUAUCCAUCAGUGAGGAAAGGUGUUGACCGACACAAUUUUAUGAAACUGGUAAAACAUGCUGCCGAUUUCAUUAAAAACAUUGAAAAAUUCAAAAAUAGUAUAGCUCUUAUCAUUACAAAAGUGGAUAAUCUUUACGUGAAACAAGAUAAUUCUUUCAUUUUAGUCGAAAGCAAUAAAGUUAUCGUAGCCGUUGCUAAAUUUUUAAAUGAAGUUAGGCAAGACUUGGAAGCAAAACUUCAAGAAGGUCCCUCGGAAGACAGGGAGCUGUAUGAAGCUGCAGUGCAAUUCAUCUCAAUAUUGUUGAUUAGAGACAGAGGACAAUAUGCGAGAAUAGGACUUUUUAGAAGGCCCGACCAACCAGGACCUCUGAGUGAAAUUUCCUUACUACAGGAUGAAAAAGAGAACGUAAAAAGAUUAAUUCAUAAGAAUCUUACAUUUUCUGAAAAAGAACAGAAGGAUUUCGGCUACACAGUAUCCGAAAAAUGCAAAAACGAUAUUCAUUAUUUAGUGGAAGAGAUUAACGGAAAUGUUUGGUCCCGUCUGUGUAAAGUGAAAGAAGAAUUUAAAGAAUACUACUGCAGAUUAGUAAACGUAAUACGAAGCACUCUCAAAUCAUGUAUUACUAAAACAUGUUUCAGUGCUGAUAUACGUCAAGCAAAAGAGCUUUCAACUCGUCUGAGAGACGGGUAUUGCAGCAUUCCGGGUCUAGUGAAGGAUUUGGCAAGUGUGACUAACCCGGAAGAUUUAGCGCGAAAAAUAAAUUCGUUCAUGAGUGACUUGGAUAUUGAUAUGUCGAAAAAAUACUUACUAAAUAUCGAAAACCAGGGAAAGUAUUUCAAUUUUUUACAAGUUGUGAGUGACAGAAAAUUCAGCGUGAGACCAUGGGACGAAUUAUUCCGAGAAGUUGAUGUUUAUCUGUCUUCUGAAAGAAAAAGUCUUCAAGAAGAUAUCGAUGCCAUUGCAUCUCAGAUCCUCAAGCAAAUAGAAUCUGACUUUUAUCAAAUUGCAAAAGCAUUGAUAAACCAGUUAGAUGAAAAGGCGAAGCGAUUGGAUAUGAGAGAAAUCUUUGAAAUUUUAAAUCUUUGCCCCGAUGCAAUUUUAAAAGUUAUCGAAGAAACAAAACACGCUAAGAGUGCAACGGAACUACUAAAAAUAAUCCGUGACAUCACACGAGACAUCGAUGUUAAUUUACCGAAAGACAGUGCCUUGAAUAUCGUACAGCAAGAGAAGAAUCUAAUUUUCUUAAAGACUAUCAGUGAGACGGAAAUUAAUUUCGAACCAUCCACAUGGAGGAAUCAGCUUGAGAGUGUAGCCAUUCAUCUUAAUGAAUCUAAAAUAUGGUACACGUUUUUAGAUGACUUGUACUCUAAAUUUUCGGAAUACGAAAUUCAAAAUAACAGAGAAAAAUACAACGUAACAAACAUUGACGACUGGGGAGAAGCAAAUAAACCUCAAGGAAUUGUAGUAACAAAAAGCAACUUCGAUCAAUUUGUUGAAAAUAUAGCCAAAUAUAAUAUCGCGGCGUCCGAUAAUGCAAAACAUGUUGAGUUAACAGAAUUGCGAUUAGAAAAGUUAAAUCAGAUACUUGAUAUGACUUUGAAACAUACAGCAGAUAUACGCUUUGAAGAGCCUUCAAUAUUUAUUAGAGCAGAUUAUGUUAUUGUAAGAGAGAUUCUAACUCACGUUGAGAGGUAUAAGAAAGCUGCUCUAAAGUCUGGUGUGUACAGAGUCUUGCACAUCUUUGCUUUGAAGACGAUAUUUAUUGAUGAAGACAUAUCGCUUCCCGGACUGGAAUUAAGAAUCAUAUCUCCGAAAUGGGAAAUCUUAGGAACUAGAACCAUUCAUUUGGACGGUAUCGAUGGCGAGCCACAUUCUGAAGAUGAAGCUGAAGAUGGUAUUGCUUCUGGAAGAAAGGGUAAAGACGGAAAACCAGGAAUGCCAGGUAAACCAGGAGGAAAUUUCUUCGGAAUUGGCGCAUUCUUUGUCAAUGCAGCCAACUUGACUGUUACUGUCAAUGGUGGGAAUGGCGGUCCGGGUCAGCAUGGUGGAAAUGGGCAAGACGGAGAAUCCGGAAAAAGUGUCGAUUACCUGACAGAUGAUGACUUACCAAACAGUGACGGCGAUGGAACGACCAGAAUCAAAGGCUUUUUUUGCGAAAAAACCUCUGAAUGGCUCAAUUAUACUGUAUUUGCUGGACUUACAGAAAAUGCACGUUUUAGAAUUUUUGGUUCGCCUGGGAAAAUUGGAGGAAAUGGAGGGGAUGGAGGAAAAGGAGGUAGAGGAGGGAAUCCCGGAAAUGCUUUCUUAUAUGAUUUAAAUAAAGAUUCGAGAAUAACGAUAUGUGCGAACAAAGGAAGAAAUGGCGUGGGUGGGAGAGGCGGAAGAGGAGGAAGUGGUGGCAAAAAUGGACAGGAGAAGACUGCUGAGCUUAGAUUGCAGCCAUUAGGUAUUUUCAGUGGGCGGCGCAUGACUGAAUGGGUGCGCCAGGUUGAUGAACCUACAGAGACUCGUGCUUCAGCUGGAAAAAAUGGCACCGAUGGGGAGAACAGUAGAGGAUUGAUAAUUCCAGAACCAUCAAAGGCUGUAUCUGAACCAUUCAAAAUUAUUAAUAUGUAUAAAAGGUACGCAAUAGAAAAUUUAAAAAUUCCUUUUAAAAAAGUUUCUGUGCUUCAGUUUAUUGGUCUCCUGAAUGACAAUGAUAAAAUCGAAAGCCUUUAUAGCGUUUUUGGAUUGAUUGACGAAGUACUAGGUUUAGAAGACGAAUAUUUUAAACUAAGGAAACAGAUAGAUUUUGUCCCUUUCUACCAGUCAAUAUUAAAUAGAAUAACCAAAUACAAAAAACGAAUCGAAAUUUCAGAGAAUGCCAAAGAGCUCUCAAAAGUUCUUAAAUAUUUACAAACAACCGUUCUUAGUAGGAUCCACUUUCUGAGAGAUAAAUCUCAAACGAAUUUAAUAAUUGAUAUAGGCAACUAUUUGGAUGUGCUGAAAAAAGAUAUAGAAGUUACAAAAAACUUACAAACGGUAUUCAACAAAAUCUCUUUGAGAAGUAGGUUCAAAACAGAUUUCAAGAAUCUAAUCGAAAAAAGAAUCGACGAGGCUAAGUAUUUUAUCACAAAAUUAAUAUUACCUGAAUUUGAUAAUAUAAGCGAGCAGAUUAAUGACAAAAUACAUUUGCUGAUUGAAGAAACAAGUCGAUUACAGGAAAAGACAAAAAAUCAAACUCAAACUAUGAUUACGAAAAGGGAAGAGUUAGAACGCACACUGGCUAUAAGACAUGCAUUCAGUGCUUUAAAAUUCGUAGCUAAAGGAAUCCAGUUUCUUGGUCCUGUUGGGGAAGUUGUUAGUUCGGUGAUUGAAACAGUCACGUCAGUCGGGGAAUCAUUGGUGCCAGACAACAAAGACAUACAUUUAGGCCAAAUUUCUAGUGCCAUGCCAGAUCUUGAUGCUAUAGAAAAUGAACUAAAAGCUUUUAAAAAAGAAACACUGAGAUGCUUCAACAAAGUGGCGGAAGAAGUUUUAAAAGAAACAGAAGAGCAUCCUGAUUUAUUACACGAUAUACGGAAGAAGAUAGAAAACAUUCAGAAUCCAAAUAACGAUGAAGGUGUUGGAUUUCAGGAAGUAAAAGCAUUAGAAGAUGAAUUAAAGCAAGAAUUAAAAAAAGAAGAAGAAAUGCUCGAAUGUCAGCCAGACAAUCAAACUUCUUUACAGGUGAUUCGGAAAUUGAAGAACUUGAUCCAGUUCAACUCGAUUAUGCUUUUUUUCCAAAGUGAAAGUGACAGAGCUAAGAUUGAAAAAAUAUCAAACGCUGUCCAACUAGCAGAAGACAAACUCCAUUGUCUUAAAUUAUACGAAGAAAGAAUUUAUUCUUCCAUAACUCCAAUGCUAAAUGUCGUUGAAAAUUCUCUUUAUAACAUAGGAAGCAAACUGGAUUCAAAAUCUCUUGUAACACUUGACAUAACUAAAUGGCAUGUUCAAAGGACCUUAAAAAAUGUGCAGUUGCACAUUCAAGCGUUAACUCGUGGAUUCAAGGCAGAAAGCGCUAUUGUACGUUGUGUUGAUAUGUUACAAGAAGUUAUGAAUAUCUUAAUCAGUAUAUAUGACCGUAUACAGCAUUACCAAGAGCAACAAACGUUAGCCGACUACAUUGCUGACAUUAGCUCUGACGCUGUGUGCAACACUGAUAUCAGCGACAGUGAAACGGCAAAGGCCUUGCACCGAUUGGACUUUGCAAUAAAAUCGAACUUAAUCUUGACGCAAUAUAAGACAGCCUUACAUGCAUUCAAUCAAUGGGUUUUCCCAUUUUCUGAGAACUAUCUGGAAAAAUCGAUGCUCCCUUCUUUUCUUGAACGAGAGAAGACGGUAGAAAAUCUAAUGUCUACAGCUAUGUCCCACGUCGAAUAUAUGAAAAGGAAAGUGGAUUUAUACAAGGCAUCAGUGAUGAAAAAAGACAAACAUCUUCAUUACGGAGAAUUCAGCAGUGGUAACCUUUCUACUAAACCCUUUUUUAUAUGGGAGAACGAAAAAUACAGAAAUGUAUUGUCGAAACUCUUAUCUGGCCGGGAAGUCGUGCUCAAGGCAGAUGUAAAGAAAUGUCCAGCUUAUAAACAAGCAAUUAAAUUCAAUUGCAUCGACUUUCAGUUUACACUGAGAUGCGAAUCUUCCCAAUCUCGGCUAAGAGAGGCAUUGAAGAGAUAUGAUAUAUCGGCAACCCAUAUGGGAUAUUCCUACUUCAGGUUCAAUGAUAAGAUUUACUUAAUCACGAGCGGCAGUCAAACCAUUUAUUAUUCUCUUGAGAAGAGUGCCACAGGAGAAUGCGUUCGCAGCAAUGCUGUUUACAACAAGAUUCGAAAUGGCGAUUUGAUGCUCAGUCCUUAUGCAGUGUGGAAGAUAGAACUGAUCAAUUCCUCCGACAAAGAUUCUUUUGAAGAACUGGAAAAAUACAAGAAUGAAGUUAGUUUAGAGUUAGCAGGGUAUGGCAGCUAUGUAACACAUGACGAUGUCUUUACACUUACGGACGAUGGUUACAACGUAAUUGAAUCCUACAAUGAGCUGGACCAGCGUCUUGAUUUAGCAGACUUCUAAAAACUGUGUUACUGUUAUAUAAUGAUACAAUGAAUUUAUUCUCAAGUUUUGUCUAUUUAAAUUUGAAUCAAUUUAGUUGUUUACAACUGCUGUUCUUAAUUUAAACGACAAUUCAUCAAUUGUUUUGAAUAAACAUAAAUUCUUAC